AUGCAAACGCCACAACAAAACACUAAACUAGCGAUAGAUAUGCUAAAACAAUAUCUAAAUGAUCUAUAUUCAGAAGAAACCGAAUUAUAUAAACAAGCUGAAGCAAUUGAAAAUUCAAUAAAAAAGUUACCAGCUUAUAAAGCUAAUUCAGUACGGCUUAAUUAUCAAACACGUAAUAUUUAUACCAGUAAGUCUUUAAAUUUUCAAGAACUUCCCAAGCCAACAAAUGCAGAUGUUGUAAGUAAACCCAUGGACUUUGUCGAGACUCCUUAUGGUAAGCAUGAUAUUAAACUUAUUUAUGCAUAA